AAGAGUUGGCUAAAAGUUUCACGAGGAACGAUUUUCCGCAUCCUGGUAGUGUGAAGGUUACGUAUGAUGACUUUUCAACAUCGUCACGAAAUUGUCAGACUAUUGACCGCUUUUGAUUAAAGCUUUUAGAACGAAAUCUGUGAUGACUGCGAUUUAGUCAAAUGUAACGGAUUUUACGCUGGAGCACGAAAGCAUCUACAUUCUCGUCUGCCGACGCAAAAACUAACCCGCAGCACGUUAUAGCUUAGUCGUGUCUAAACUCAUUGAGCUGUUGUGCGAUUCGGCGUGAUAAUGCAGAAUCAACUUUAGUUACGUUCAAUUUUACGUUAAAAAAUGUAUUAUGUACGGUCUAAGUUGUGAUUUCAUUAACCGUCGCACCAGGUCGCCACGGACAAGGUUUUCUUAACAUUUACGGGGCUGUUUUUUGUUUCGAUACUUGUAAAGCUGGUGAUAUCAACGUCUGUAAAACUGCUGUGCCAUAGUGCUUCAUAACUCCUAAUUAUAGUGUCGUCUGGCGGAAUUUUGUAACUAUAGGCGAUAUGUAAAAUGUGCGAACGACCUUGGAUUACGCAAAUUUACUGUACUGUGUUUCGUUGUAUAGUGCAAUGACAUCAUUGUUUGAGUACGGUGGAAGUACCCGAGAAAUCGGCGUACUUCAUCCACUGACCACUCAGGGGUGUUAUGUAACGAUAGUAGACUGCGCGCUCGACGGUACAGAAUAAAGCCGUUUACCAUCAUCUCCGGUGCGAUAUGCAGUUCUCCAAAGGCAGACAGGUGCCGAUCUCUCGGGCACGUAUGCCGACGUUCCGACUGGGUAGAAAAACCAUAAGGAGUGCUUCAUCGUCAACAACAACAGCAGUAUCGUCGACGUUCUCACACAUCAUCGCUCGGCUCAUUACCGUUAUGAUUUUAUUCGUCCUAGUUUUUCGAGGUCCACAAAGCACAGCCUACGCGUGGGCCCUCGACGACGAUGAACUCACUGAAUCGUGGACUUCAUCAGGAAAGAGUGACAUUGUAAGCCCCCGGCUUAAGUACUACAGUUACUUAAACUACCUCGAUGAUGAAGAACCACGCGUGACAAUUACGGGCGUAUUGGGUGGCAAAGUCGGUCUUCCUUGUAACAUACAACCCAACUCUUCAGAUGACGAAGUCUCACUCGUGUUGUGGUACAAGGACGAUUCGACUACGCCGAUCUAUUCGUUAGACUCGCGCAAGACAACAUUAAGGAACGCUCACCAUGCACCUGCGCAGUGGCUAUCCGGAAGAGCGUACUUGCAAGCUACUUCCGGAACUGUUUCCACUCCUAGAGCGCGUGUCGAUGAUGAUGUCUCUAGCCAAUUACGACGGGGUCUACCUACGAACAGCCAAUUGACGAAUCGUUUCGGCGGUACCAAUAACAGGUCAGGUAAUACGGACGCCGAUCGAACAUCAGCCAGUGCGCCAGGAUCAAGCCUGGAAUUGCCUGCACCGUCAUUGCUACAACUCGAUCCAUUGGAAAAGGAGGAUGAAGCACUUUACCGAUGUCGAGUCGACUUUAGGCGGGCUCGAACACGAAAUUAUGAAGUGCAGCUGAUUGUAGUGGUUCCACCGCAGCAUAUGACUGUUACUGACCAUCAUGGUGCAAUACUGGCUGACAAAGCCAUCAUUGGACCUUACAACGAAGGGGAGAAGUUGGUUCUAAAGUGCCAGGUAUAUGGAGGUAAUCCCACACCUAAAGCAGUAUGGUAUCGUACACCUAAAUCAUCGCCAAAUUACAUUAACGGUGCACCGCCACACGGGAGAGUGUCGUCAGAUAAUAACAGGAGCAGCUUGAAAACUCAAAAUCUGGGUUUUUCUUUGCACAAUUUUGGCACCGUCAUCGCGUCAUCGUCGCCAGCACCUUCGGGUUCAAGUGAUUCGGGUCCUGUUGGGGCGGCUAUAUCCAAUGGCAGCGGUAGUACGGAAGUCGAGUUGGUGAUUUCCACCCUGACUCGCUUGGACCUGCUCUCGGCCUUCGCGUGCGUGGCCCAAAACAACAAUAUCUCGGAGCCACUCGUCUUCACCGUAGUAGUCGACGUUUAUUUCCGUCCACAGCGCGUAUGGAUAUCGACGAUGGAUCCACCAGCGCCUGGUAGUCGAGAUGGAGAUGCGUCGUUAACUUUAUCAGCGGGUGUUCCGGUGAGGCUUCAGUGUUCCUCAUCGGGCUCACGGCCUCCUGCUGUCAUACAGUGGUUUAAGGGGGACGAAAGAAUUAAUGCGACCAAAUCGUUUAACGUCUCGCCUAACCCUACGACAGGAAUCGCUGUUAGCCGCCUUAAAACACCAGAAGAAGAAAUAGCUGGUCCAUCUUCGGCGAAUUCUCGAGAAGCAGCUGCAACACCAGCAAAAUAUCGUAUAAAUUUGUCCCCUGCUGAUGAGCCAUGGCGCCAGACCCUAUCGACGAUUGAGCUGAUUCCCAGCCCAGAUGAUGACGGGAAACAACUCGUAUGUCGGGCCGAAAAUCCUUCUAUGCCGAGUCUGCGGUCACAGAACGGCGCUAGUGGCGGGGCAAGUAGAGCUGCAAUUAUGGCUUCUGAGAGUGCUGGAGUCAGCCCACGUCCAGGCGAGAACGGCAUCGACGACGGCAUCAAACUUCACGUACGAUAUGUGCCACAGAUGACGGUACGCUUAGGCACAAAGUUGCGACACACGCAUAUCCGUGAGGGCAGUGACGUCUUUUUAGAGUGCGAUGUCAAAGCUAAUCCACCUCUCAUUGAGAUGGGUUGGCGAUUUGAGGGUCAAGAGCUUACUCCGACAUCUAGCAAUGAUAACCCGCAUGGUCACAACAAUCACAAAGGUGUUGUCAUUAUCGAGCACUCGUUGGUACUACAGAAAGUUACCAGGCAUAAUCGUGGAAAAUAUACGUGCACAGGUACCAACGCUGUCGGUCAAGGAGAAAGCGAUCCCUUACAGCUGCGUGUGAAAUAUGAACCUCGUUGCAUGCCCGGUCAACGCCAAGUGUACGGAGCCGCAAAAAAUGAAGCCGUUCGUCUCAGCUGCGAACUGGAGUCGGACCCUGAAGAAGUUACUUUUAAGUGGAAAACCCGUACGACAAAGCGUGUCAUCUCAUUUGCUCCAUACUCCGCAUCAAACGCGUCUCCAAACAAUGCAUCUGAUGAUGACAGGACGAUUCCCGACGCAAACUUGAAUCUUGAUACACACGGCGCCGUCGUAUCAAAUGGCACCCGCAGUUGGCUCACCCUUAUACCCCGUUCAGAAGAAGAUUACGGCACAGUAAUCUGCUGGGGUAAAAAUACGAUAGGAACCCAGAAGGAACCCUGUAUGUUUACGCUGAUUCCAGCUGGACCACCGGGUCCCGUACACAAUUGCACCAUCGCAAAAGCAACUGAGGACUCGCUCACAAUCGCUUGUCUCGAAGGCUACGACGGCGGAGCAGAGUAUGGACAGCAUUUCCACAUGGAGGUGCACGAUUCAGCGAACCAAAAUCGCGUACUCAUUGCCAACGUGACAAGCGGUGGACUGUCAGCGAAGCCGGUGCUUACAGCUGCUGGUCUGUCUCCCUCUACGGCAUACGUUUGUACGAUCUAUGCUGCAAACGAGAGGGGCACAAGCCAGCCGACGAUCCUCGUCGCGUCGACGAUUCCACGCCCAUUUAGUUUGUCGAAAUCGUCGAAAGGUGGUUAUUCGUUUCUAUUCGGCUAUCUUUAUGGAAACGGUCCGAACGGCAAUAAUAAUCCAUCACUGCUGGCCUUAUUUGGUCUCGUGACAGCACUUGUAACCACUGUUGCUGUGGUAGCACUCAUCGUGCUAUUGACGCUCAAGCUUGUUCGAUGCGGACAGUUCGCCGGUGGCAAUAACAAGAAGUAUAGUAAAAAAGCUCCCCAUGAGGGCAUCUCGAGAGACGACGAUGAGUCCGUAUUCCCCCUGAGGGAUCCAAACAAAGAACGCGACCAUAUGACAGAUCUCAAGAUUUUUGGAAAUGAUCUUGACGACGACAGCAAGUGCCCUGACAUUAUAACAGAAACAUUAAAACUCACAAGCCCCUCGUGCUCGUCGACAGGUGACGUUGUUGAAAGCAGUUUCAUCAGUUCGGUCACGCCGUUGUCGCACUUCAGUUCUUCUGCAGCUGCAGCUAGCCUUUCAAUGGCAUUGCAACAAAUGCAGCAGCAGUCUUCGUACGCGACGGCGGCAGGAGUACGAGAAUCAUUAACUGCUUGCCUUCAUUCGCCAAACGAGUGGAUACCGACAGAUUCUAAAAAAAAUGUUGGUCCUUCUGCCACAAGAAGUUCUAUCAUAACGGGUCUGUACCAACUUGGCGUUGGCAACCGUCGUAAUAGCUUAAAGCGAAGUUCAUGGGAUCUUGCCCAGCAACAGAAAUUGCAACCUUCAUACAUGUCCUGCCAACAUGUGGCGACCCUACCACGAAAACCUACACACCAGAACGUGCAAUCGAGUCAUCAUCAGGAACAGCAGAGUCAGUACGGAUCGUCACCUCCCCCUAAGCAAAAUGCCAAUUUCGACGUUUCGCUGCCAUCGAUGCUGCCUGUCGGAAGUUGCUGGCCCGAAUGUCCCGCGCCGACACUCGUCUCUAGCAUCACACUAUCACCACAACACAGAGCGGCACUUGUCGAAAACGCAUACAGUAGAAAUUACGAUCGAAGUUCGUCAACGGGGGUACCGUCAGCAACGUCAUCAACCGAUGAACAGGCUUUCGGGGGUGUCAAGCUUCUUCGUAAAGUCCAGGAGGCACAAACACGCCUUAGUGAGAUUGUCACGCCCGACACACCCUGCAAGAGCUUCAAUCCAAACAACACGACAUGAUGAUUGUGUGAGUGAAAAAUGACCGGAUAAGUGAGGAGCUUUGUUGUAUAUAAAACUAAUGGCAUAUAGGUAUAUGUACGUACAUGCUUCCAAUGACUUCAAUUAAAGUAUACAGCCGCGCGUUUCUUUAAAAAGCUGCCAACAAUAAUUCCACUCAUGUCAAGGAAGAUAGAUAAAGAAAUUAUAUAUAGGCAAUAUAUUUUUGCGACAUCGGUAUGUGUAUAUACGCCGCGUUCUCCCAUUAUAAUUGAAGCCUAGUAUAAAGGUAAUAAAUUAUUAGAUAUGUGCGAAUAAAAUUGGCCCUUUAGUAGGUGUCUUGUACAUACGUAACUUCAACGCAGUGUUUCUCAGUUGUAAUAAACAGUGAGGAAAAAAAACUUAUGACUCGCAGAGGUAGAAGUCUCAUAAAUAGAGCAGAUCUUAGCGAAAAUGGUAAUGUUUAUAAACAUCAUAAGCAACGAUGUAAUAAUAAUAUUAUAAAUGGCCUUGGAAGAGCCGCUACAAUUUUUGCAAAUGAAUGUGCUUCUUUAUAAAUAUAUGGCUACACGUGUAGCAUAUGAAUUUAUGUUCAUUGGAAAAAGAAGGCCUAAUUUCCGUCAUUGAAACUUUACAAUAAUUGGCUGCCUUUAACUUAGAUAGACUUUGUCAAUGGAACUUUCUUGAAUUUUUGUUCUUUGUUCAUGUUUAGCACUGUUAGGUACUUAUCCUACGUGAACAAGUCGUCGGAAGCUAUUUGUUGACAUAGCAUUAGCGACCUGGGUCUUGCGAAAUUUAUUUGCGGUUUCUACAGCGUGGCACUCAUGCAAGUAGCUAUCAACCCCCAGAUUCUUUAUUUUUCCCUAGGUGGCUUUCUCUAUCGUGUAUCGUAUUGGGGUCAAUUAGGUCUGUAUCUUUUUCUUUUGCGAUCGUCUAGCAAUAUUCUCCUUAUGUUCUUGUAAUAUAGAGCUGUACAUUGACUAUGCAUAUUAAGAUACAUUCGGGUUUGCGUUUUUAGCAACUGUACAUGAACGAUUGCUUAAUAUAGCCGGGUAUAGUUUUAAUUCAGUUGUACCAAAGUACACCCAUUUUUAUUUGCUUAUAUAUGAUAAUAUGCACUUGACGCGUGUUUUGUGAGAGGGACAAAAUAUUAAACCGUUUGGUUGAAUCUUUGACCUAAGUUUUUAAGUCUGUAAUGUAAAUACUCAUAAGGCACACGCAAAAUUAUUUGUACAACACUACUCUUUAGAUUAGAGCCAUUUCAGUUCUACUCUCUCCCUGUUUAUUCGUUCCGACAGAAAAAGGGGAAUAUACUAAAAAAAAAUGCCCUAGUCAAUUGAAAAUGAGAGCAAAUGGUGCUUCAUCUCUUUGUCUAGUUGGUGACAGCAUGUGGUGCCAUGACAUGUUUGAAGGCACACCGAAAAGUGACUGAAAGGAUAACUCAGUUCGGUAGAUUUUUAUCCUCGGAGUACAGGCAUCUGCGGAGUCACCUUGUGGAUAGAAAGCAAUUUUGCCUUAUAUAGAUUUGGGUAUUUCAAAUUUAUUUGCUCUAUAUGUAGAUUGUGUACUUCCACGUCUUGC